AUGCCGCGCGCGUGGGGGUCCCAAGGGCCGAUAUUCGGGCUCGUGGACCGGCAAACCACGCCCGCAUCGGCAUGGGAGUGGCUAGUGGACACAUGGAAGUCGCGGCGCGUGGGGCAGCUUGAUUUUCUCCGGCAUCCGCUCGUGCGGCCGGUGGUGCAGCUGCCCACCGAGGCGUUCGUGGGGCUGCUGUUCUGGACGAGCCUCAUGGCGUUCGUGCGCAGCGUGUACUGGUUCAUGCUCGCCGCGCAGGGCCUCACGUCGCACAUCCUCCUCCUCGGCUACCUGCUUAUCCCGGGUCUCGUGCUAGGUCACGAGUUCCUACACCAGCUGCUCUCCACCAAUCCCGUGCUCCGAGCGCUCCUCGUCUUGGGCGGCGUGGUCGGCGUGGGCGGCAGCAGGGAGGGCGUCGAAACCACUAUAUGGGGGGUUGCGCUUAGCGGAGCAGGGGUUGCCAUGGUAGGGUUAUACAUAGGGGAGGGGCUAUGGCUUGCGCCGCCUGCGCGGAGGCGGAGGGUCGGGUUCGGGCUCGCGGGGGGGCUGCUGCUGCUGCAGGCGCUGCAGCUGGCGUUUGGCGGGCGGAACCCGCUGCUCGCGCGCUGGUGGGGGCUGCUGCUGCUGGCCGUGCUCCCAGGCGCGUGGGUGGCGGCGCUGCUGCUGUAUGAAGAGUUGCGGGACUGGGAGGGGGAGGAGGAGGAGGAGCAGGGGCGGAUGGUGGGCGGAAGCGGGAGCGCGGAGGGCGCGCAGGGGUACUGGCCGGUUGGGCGCGGUGGGCAGAGGUUGGAAGGGGCUGUGUUGAGUGAGGAUGACUGGAGUGUGGAGUCGGAGGGAGGGUGGCGGGCGGCAGAGGAGGCGGGAUUGAAGCAGUGGGAUUGUGUGAAGGGUGUGGUUGAAAACGGUGGGGAAGGGGGGGAACUGAGGACAGAAAAUGCAAGUUUCGUAGCAGUUACGGUUGAUGGGGGCCAAGAGGAGACGCAGCAGCAGCAGCUGAUGCAGCAGCAAGAGCAGCAAGGGAAGGGAUUGGAGCAGGAAAACGAGGUUAUGUUAGGGGGAGCAGCCACAGUCGCAGCAUCAAACAAAGCCCCAGCUGCCGAACCUGCUGCUGCUGCCCGCCCACUGAGCACAGGCUCGGGCUGCCUUGGAACGUCUUCCGAGCCUAACAGCCGGGGCUGGGGAAGCGUGGACGAAUCGCAAGACGCCUCGUCAUCGGCCUAUGAACGAUCACGCACUGUAUCCGCGUCAGCAACAGCAGGUGCGGGAGGGAAUGCUGCCACAGGCCCUGUGUGGGUGGCUGAUAUGCUGGGCGGGUUUAUGGAGGAAGAGGAGGAGGUGGAGAACGGUGGGGAGGGCGGGACUGUUCUGAUGAGUGAGGAUAUUGACAGUAACGCUGGGGCGAGUGGAGAGAGGUGUGGGUGCCGUGUCACAGAUGGGUGUGAGGGUGUAGGAGUGGUAGGUGAGGAGGGGACGCAUCGGUGUGAAUGCAAGUGCAGGGUAGAGGAGGGGGGAGUAACUGAGGAAAGAGCGACGGUGAGAGAAGGUGAGGGGAGGGAGUCGACUGGAUAUGGAGGGGAGGUGGGUGCUGAGGAGCAGGGGAAUGGAGAGUCAGGUCAGCAAGAAGCAGGGCGUGAAUCGGCAGUGGGGGUGGAGGGGCAGGGGCCAGAGCAGCAAGAUGGGGGCUGCAGUGAGGGUUUACCCAAAUGCAACGAGGGGUCACUUGAAGGCAAUGAGGGUUACCCUGAGUGGCGGGAGCCUGCGCGGGGAGUGCUGGGGUACUUUGGCCUUGAGAUUGGUUCUGUGGAGACUUCUGAAGGGAAGCUUAGAGCUGAGUGGCGCAGCAGCCGGCAGUGGGAGACGACUGUGGAGCUUAGCGAGUGCGACAGUAUGGGGUACGGGGCGGACGGUCGGGCGGAGGGAUAUGGGGCAGGGAACGGAGGAGGAGGAACGGGAGGAGGAAUGGGAGAGGGAGAGGGAAGGGGAGACGAAGUGGGGGCGGAGAUGGGAGACGGAGCAGGAGGUGGUUGUGAAGGGUUGAGCGUGGUUCUGGUGCGCAGCAGGGAACGCAAGUGCUACGACACGUGCCAGAACCUGCCUCAAACCGGGCAGAGUGCGGCAUGGAAGGCAGCAGCAGCACUGCCAUGGGAGGGGCCGUGGGACAGACUGGGCAGUUUGGACAGAUCAGCUAUGGCUCGAGCAGCAAUGGCUAGAGCAGAAGAUGAAGAAAUGCUCCCUUUUCGGCAGAAGCGCGCUCAUUGGUCGAAGCAUGGGUGCGUGCGCACAUGUCAAGCCGCCAUUGGCCAUGGCAGCCUCAUGUUCCUCUGCCAUUGGCUGCUCUCCUCGCCCUAUCUGAUCCCCAGAUGGCUCUCUGCUCCCCCUGCCUGGGGUUUCAUCUCUGUAGUGUCACUCGCUUUAGGUAUAGUGCUCGCAGCAGAGGUUCUCCGUAUGCAUAUUUCUAAGCGCGUGCACGCUAUAGCAGCGUUGGCUCUUGCUGUUUCGGGUUGCAUCUGGUUGCUUCUCUCCGGGCCUUUCCAUCCCAUACCUGCGCUUCAGGCUCGGCCCGAGCCUGGGUCACGGUUCUGGCUGUCGUUUUCUCAAGCCAGCGGGUAUGUGUCCGACGAGCCUCAGGAUCUGGUAUACCUUUCUGGACCUGUUACUGGACCUGUUGCUGGACCUGUUGCCGGACCGGUUGCCGUACCUGCUGCUGCUGCCUCGGCAUCACAAGUCAGCACAUCCACUUUCUCCGAACCAGCAGCAGUUGCAGCCAGAGCAGCAGCAGCAGUCGAAGCUGCAGGCUUCCGAUCCUAUCUUCUCGGUGCGCCGCUCCUAGCCUUGGCAAUCCCGAGCCUGUGGGUUGUGCUGGCGCAGAACAUGGGAGGGGCGUAUCCGGGCCUAGGAGCAGCAGGUUCGGCAAUCUGGUAUGUCGUCCUGCUGGUUUGGAGUGCAGCCUUGGUGGCAUACGAAAAGCUCGGACCUCUCGGCUUGCUUCGGGGGAGCUUGCCGGUCCUAAUGGUGGUGGCGAUGGGAGGAGUGGCUUGGGGAAUAUGGCGGGCUCCCGAACCUAAAGGCGAGGGACGGCGGGGCGAUCUGGCAGUUCGGACGGAGUGGUGGAGGCUCGGGCGGCUUGCGUGGGGCAGCGGCGUCCCGGACCGAAUGGCGCUAUUAGCUCUUCUCCUGAUUGUCCUCCUCCUCCUCCCCUUCCCGCUCCUCCUUCAAUACGCCUACGCCCCUUCCUCCUCCCCAACCUUCGUCAGCAGCUUCGGCAGCAGCAGCAGCAGCUCUGCCAGUGCCGAGCCUGGCUCAGAGGCUUGGGUGCAGCUUCGGGUGCUCAACUUCAAUGUUCAGCAGGGGUUCAGCCGUGCAGGUUCAGUGAACCUGGACGCCAUAGAGCAUGUCAUCUGGCAGCAGAAACCGGACAUUGUCUUGUAA